AUGCCAAAGAGAAAGCGAGAUGAUGCCAACGACGGACUCUCGACCCGGGCUACGUCCCAAUUAGGUGCGCAGCAGCUGGCCAGAUUCCGGGGUCUAGUCGAGCAAAGUCAAAAGAGCCUGGUCUCAGCACUCAGACUCGCGCGCGGCUUCGAGCGGCAAAAGAUGGGCCGUAGGCAGAAGAAUGCCAACAAAGAUCCGAAGACUUUGCUGCAACGGCGGGAAGAGCUCAUUGUGCUGAAGCAACUCGAUCUCAGCAACAUCGCCAAGAAUCAUAUGGUCAAGACCUACAUGAAGUCCAAGCGGAUACGCGAGUCAGCUGCUUUCGUGGUUGUAUAUGGCCAACAGCCAAAGUUAGAUACAGUGACGGCUGUUGAAGGAGUUGUGAUUGGCCGGCUCUUCAACUCGCAGCCUGUCAAAGUUGCAGUCAGCAAAAUCAUGGCGGACGCUUACGAGGUUUUGGGCCUACAGAACCCCGCAGAUGGUAAAUCGAAAGCCAAGGCGCCUUCAACCGACGCAGACGUAAAGUCCUCCAAUACCGCGGUCCCUGAGCUAGAUCCUAUGGAUAUCACAGAGGAUGAGGAGCAAAGCGCUGAUGACAGACCACUUGUUGCAUCGGACGAUGAUAUCAGCGGAUCAGACGAUGGUCUCGAGCGACACCAGGACCGAUCGGUCCCAAGUGGAGCAUCAAUGUCGUUCUCUUCCGAAGAAAGCGAUGAGGAUGACCGACAACCACGAACCAGCGCCAGAACAGCGAAGCGCCGGGCAGCAAGACCAUCAGUCUCUCCACCGCCAAUGACAGCACAAACCGCGUUCUUACCAUCCCUCAGCAUGGGCGGCUACUACUCAGGGUCCGACUCCUCCGAAGAUGACGCUGAAACCCGAGGCCCAGCCCAGGCCAAAGACCGCAAGAACCGCCGAGGCCAGCGCGCCCGCCAGCAGCUCGCCGAACUGAAGUACGGCACCAACGCCAAACAUCUGCAGAAAACGGACAAGAGCAGUACCAGAGACGCGGGCUGGGACAAGCGGAAAGGUGCGGUCGGACCUGGCUCGGAUGGCAAGAGGAGGAGCAAGCUCGGGAAGCCGCUGCACGGCAACCCGGCGAGGGACAAGACUAGCAGUAUAUCCAUGCAGGCGAAAACACAAACGAAACCGAAGAGGGAUGAUAGUGGCCCGCUGCACCCGUCGUGGGAGGCGGCCAAGCAGCGGAAGAUGCAGUCGGCUGCGCCACCGGCUUUUGCGGGCAAGAAGAUUACCUUUGAUUGA